GGAUUUUGGAAUUAGCCGGUCCGGACCCCGAACCACCUGCCGCAGACUCCUGCGACCCGCUCCCCGACGUCUCGGCCGGGUCGGGCUCUGUGGAAAACCCGGAGCGGAAGACUCUCCGGCUGUGCGGCGCGAAAUGAGCAUGCGCAGUGCGCUGCGCUGGCUCCUGGCGCAAGGAGGAAGCGUUCGCCGUGAUCCCAGCGGCUGCGCUGGGAAUGCGGUACCGGCUAGCGUGGCUGCUGCACCCCGCGCUGCCCAGCACCCUCCGCUCCGUCCUCCGCGCUCGCCUGCUGCCCCUGGAGCGUCUCUGUGGUUUUCAAGAAAAGACGUAUAGCAAAAUGAAUAAUCCAGCUGUCAAGAGAAUAGGAAAUCACAUUAUCAAAUCUCCUGAAGACAAGCGAGAGUACCGGGGACUGGAGCUGGCAAAUGGGAUCAAAGUGCUUCUCGUCAGUGAUCCCACCACUGACAAGUCUUCAGCAGCCCUCGAUGUGCACAUAGGUUCAUUAUCAGAUCCUCCAAAUAUUUCUGGCUUAAGUCAUUUUUGUGAACAUAUGCUUUUUUUGGGAACAAAGAAGUAUCCAAAAGAAAAUGAAUACAGCCAGUUUCUCAGUGAGCACGCAGGAAGUUCAAAUGCUUUCACUAGUGGAGAGCACACCAACUACUAUUUUGAUGUUUCUCAUGAACAUCUGGAAGGUGCCCUAGACAGGUUUGCACAGUUUUUCCUGUGCCCCUUGUUUGAUGAGAGUUGCAAAGACAGAGAAGUGAAUGCAGUGGAUUCAGAACAUGAAAAGAACGUGAUGAAUGAUGCCUGGAGGCUCUUUCAGUUGGAAAAAGCUACAGGGAAUCCCAAACACCCCUUCAGCAAAUUUGGGACAGGUAACAAAUAUACUCUAGAGACUCGGCCCAACCAAGAAGGCAUUGACGUAAGACAAGAGCUACUAAAAUUCCAUUCUACUUAUUAUUCAUCCAACUUAAUGGCUAUUUGUGUUUUAGGUCGAGAAUCUUUAGAUGACUUAACUAAUCUGGUAGUAAAGUUAUUUUCUGAAGUAGAGAAUAAAAAUGUCCCAUUGCCAGAAUUUCCUGAGCACCCAUUUCAAGAAGAGCAUCUUAAACAACUUUAUAAAGUAGUGCCCAUUAAGGAUAUUAGGAAUCUUUAUGUGACAUUUCCUAUACCUGACCUUCAGAAGUACUACAAGUCAAAUCCUGGUCAUUAUCUUGGCCAUUUGAUUGGGCAUGAAGGUCCUGGAAGUCUGUUAUCAGAACUUAAAGCAAAGGGUUGGGUAAAUACCCUGGUUGGUGGACAGAAGGAAGGAGCCAGGGGUUUUAUGUUUUUUAUAAUUAAUGUGGAUUUAACUGAGGAAGGAUUAUUACAUGUUGAAGAUAUAAUUUUGCACAUGUUUCAAUACAUUCAGAAGUUACGUGCAGAAGGACCUCAAGAAUGGGUUUUCCAAGAGUGCAAGGACUUGAAUGCUGUUGCCUUUAGGUUUAAAGAUAAGGAGAGACCACGAGGCUAUACAUCUAAAAUUGCAGGAAUGUUACACUAUUAUCCCUUAGAAGAAGUACUCACAGCUGAAUAUUUACUGGAAGAAUUUAGACCUGACUUGAUAGAGAUGGUUCUUGAUAAACUCAGGCCAGAAAAUGUCCGGGUUGCAGUUGUUUCCAAAUCUUUUGAAGGGACAACUGAUCGCACCGAAGAGUGGUAUGGAACCCACUACAGACAAGAAGCUAUACCAGAUGAAGUCAUUAAGAAAUGGCAAAAUGCUGACUUGAAUGGGAAAUUUAAACUUCCAACAAAGAAUGAAUUUAUUCCCACGAAUUUUGAGAUUGUAGCAUUAGAAAAAGAAGCCACGUCAUACCCUGCUCUUAUUAAGGAUACAGCUAUGAGCAAACUAUGGUUCAAACAAGAUGAUAAAUUUUUCUUGCCAAAGGCUUGUCUCAACUUUGAAUUUUUCAGUCGCUACAUUUAUGCUGACCCUCUCCAUUGCAACAUGACAUACCUGUUUCUCAGGUUAUUGAAGGAUGAUUUAAAAGAGUAUACAUAUGCAGCACGCCUCUCAGGUUUGAGCUAUGACAUUGCCUCAGGGAUGAAUGCAAUACUUCUCUCUGUGAAGGGUUACAAUGACAAACAGCCAAUUUUGCUGAAGAAGAUUACUGAGAAAAUGGCUACCUUUGAGAUUGAUAAAAAAAGAUUUGAAAUUAUCAAAGAGGCAUAUAUGCGGUCUCUUAACAACUUCCGGGCGGAGCAGCCUCACCAGCAUGCCAUGUACUACCUCCGCUUGCUGAUGACAGAGGUGGCCUGGACUAAAGAUGAGUUAAAGGAUGCCCUGGAGGAUGUCACCCUUGUGCGCCUUAAAGCCUUCAUACCCCAGCUCCUGUCACGCCUGCACAUUGAAGCCCUUGUUCAUGGAAACAUAACGAAGCAGGCUGCAUUAGGAAUUAUGCAGAUGGUUGAAGAUACCCUCAUUGAACAUGCUCAUACAAAACCUCUCCUUCCAAGUCAGCUAGUUCGGUAUAGAGAAGUUCAGCUGCCUGACAGAGGAUGGUUUGUUUAUCAGCAGAGGAAUGAAGUUCACAAUAAUUGCGGCAUUGAGAUAUACUACCAGACAGACAUGCAGAGCACCUCAGAGAAUAUGUUCCUGGAACUCUUCUGUCAGAUUAUCUCUGAACCUUGUUUCAACACCCUGCGCACCAAGGAGCAGCUGGGCUAUAUUGUCUUCAGUGGGCCACGUCGAGCCAAUGGCAUACAGGGCUUGCGAUUCAUCAUCCAGUCAGAAAAGCCUCCUCACUAUCUGGAAAGCAGGGUGGAAGCCUUCUUAAUUACCAUGGAAAAGUCCAUAGAAGACAUGUCGGAAGAGGCCUUCCAAAAACACAUUCAAGCAUUAGCAAUCCGUCGACUAGACAAACCAAAGAAGCUGUCUGCAGAAUGUGCUAAAUACUGGGGGGAAAUCAUCUCUCAGCAAUACAAUUUUGACAGAGAUAAUAUAGAAGUUGCAUAUUUAAAGACAUUAACUAAGGAAGAUAUCAUCAAAUUCUACAAGGAAAUGUUGGCAGUAGACGCCCCAAGGAGACAUAAAGUAUCAGUUCAUGUUCUUGCCAGGGAAAUGGAUUCAUGUCCUGUUGUUGGAGAGUUCCCGUGUCAAAAUGACGUGAAUUUGUCACAAGCACCACCCUUGCCACACCCUGAAGUGAUUCAGAACAUGACCGAAUUCAAGCGUGGUUUGCCACUGUUUCCUCUCGUGAAACCACAUAUUAACUUCAUGGCUGCCAAACUCUGAAGUUUCCCUGAGGAAAAGGAGAGUGUCUGUGGGUUGAUUCCUGAGUCUUCCAGGCCUAGGGAAAAAUCUUGGCCACUAUAAUAGUUUCUGGUUCACUAACAGACAAACAUAAAAAAAAAGUUAUCAGAUGUUAUUAUGUAGAAAUAUUAAAAAUCCAAAGUAAUUAAAUUGAAAAAUCUUAUAGAUGUAGAAUAUUUUUAAAAUACAUGCCUCUUAAAAUAUUUUAAAAUUUUUUCUUUUCAUUUGUAAGAGAAAUUUCCCUUAUAUAACUGCUUAAAAUGAUGAAUGAUAUUCUUAGAUCUUCCCUAUUCUGUAAAAUAGUCACUCGUCGGACUAAAAUAAAAGUUAGCUUUUUUAAGAAAGCAUCCUAGGUCAAUAGAGAAGGCUUCAAAGUAUUUAGAAAGGUAUUAAUUGCCUUUUUAAAAAUCAGUCCUCAAAUUUGCUUUCUAUGUCAUGGUUUCAUAUAAAUCAGUGGAAAACCUUCAAUUUGGCAGAUGAUGCACAAAGCAAUGUCACUUUCUGUUAUUAGUGAAAUUACUGUUACAUAAGGCAUGGUUUUAAUCUUUUUAUAAAAUAAGAACAUGUUUUUUAUUCCAACAAGUAAAAUGCUGGAAAACCCUAGAAUACCCUAGUUAUUUACAGUGGUAGGAAUACAGAUUUACCUUACAUCAAUUUUGUCCCAAACUGAAUUUCUCAGGAUUACUGUGGUUUUUUUCUGAUUAAACUGUAUUGACCUUCUUACUGUUCAUAGUUGGUUUGCAGUGUUCUAUCAGUUUUACUUUUUCUCAUCAACAUGUUGCUGUAUGUACUUAAGGGCAAAUUCAGAUCCUGCUGAGUGUGUGACAUGCUUUUCCAACAUCAGCUCUUGUAACUACCCAUAACUUUGAACUAUAAUGAAAUUGCGAUUAGUGUGUGAACCAAAGUAUUUUUCCCCUUCAUGAAUUUAAAAAGCAACAAAUACAAAGCCACCUUUUUGGAGAUUAAAAAAAAAAGUGCAUUCUAAAAUAGCAAGUCUCCAUAGCACUCUAAAAUCCCUUGUUGCUGCCAGUCUAAUCUUGCCUUAAGUGUUACUUUUUUGAAUAUGUAAACAUAUGAAUACACAGAUGAUGACUGGGGUGGACUUUAAAAAAAUAUUUUUUUCAUAAGAUACUAUUUUAGGUGAAAUUGUUAUUGUAGAUUUAAUAGCUAUUUUAAAACAUUAUUAAAACUUAAGUUUUAAUAUUACUAUUAUCAAAAUUUGUUUGAAGAGAAAUUGAGUCUAUUUCCACAUACGGGCACCAGCAGCAGUAUGCAGUCCUGUUGUCCACUGGCUCAGGCGGAGAAUGCAUUUUGUCUCCCUGUGUGACUUGAUUUGCAGGAAUUCCUUCUGCAGAGGCAUGUCUUUUCACAUCUUAAGUUUUUACAUUUCUAAUUUUCCAAAUCUCAAUUUGGGGCAAGAAUGACACAGUCACAACUAUGGAGCCUGCUUCCUGCAGUGGAGCUCCAGGUCUCCGGCCAGUCCGUGUGGUGCUGUGACUGCCUCUCCGUCCCUGCCUUCAGAGAGCCUCUUGGGGUGAAGCCUGUUUUCGUCCAUCUGAAGGUGUGCGAAGGCAUCGCUUCCUUCUGGUUUUAUGCAUUUGUAGACUAUGCAGCUUUUCAUCAAACUGCAGGUAUAUACAGAAUGAAUCUAAAUUAGGCCUGAGUGUUUAAAUCCAUCACUGUAAAAGUAUAUAAAAAGCCACCUAUCUUUUCUGUGGGAAAUUAUGUGCUAUUGAAUAAUUUUUAGCUGUUUUUAAAAAAUGAGUAAACUUACAAGCAUUGUUUUUAUGAGGAAAGGCACCAAGAGAGGCAUGAAAGCAGGCUCACGUGGUCUUCCUGUGCUGCAGUAUUUCCUGGUUUCCAGCUUCCGUCUACAGCUGCCGUUGGGUCACUCAGGCGCACUGACAGGUUCAUGAAAAUGGAUCUCAGCCGCAGUCCAUGAGCAAUAACAGACUACCCCAGAGACUACUCGAUGCUUACCAAGCGAGAUUUGUGAAACACUAAGUUAUUAGUUACCAGGGACUUAAAAAGAGUCUUUUUGACUAAUUGAUGUGAAAGAGAGAGCAUGUGACACAGCCAGUAUGGUGGAGUCCUAGGGUUAUCUUGUUUACAAUAAAUCACCUGAAUUACAACUCCA